AUGGCGCCUGUUGAACCGAAUUAUUUUGCUUGUACACUCGGAGAGGCAGCCCAGCUAAAACGCCAAGAUGGAUCGGCCAAGAAAUGGAAGACGGUCCUGGAAUUGAUUGACGAUCAGGCUGAGAAUAUUCCUGAUUCGCCAGCGCUUGGAUUUGCGACGUUCAAGCAUUUGAAGUCGAGUCAAGGUUGUUACCCUUCACCAUCACAUGGUCGUGUCGCUAACAUUGGCAGUAAUACCGUACUUCUUCACAUUUCGAAGUCUCUCGGAAUCAUCAAGACAUGCCGCGCAAAUAUUAUCACACCAUCUUCCUCCGCCAAAGGAUCCUUCGCGGAUGACGAUUGGUCUUCUAUCCGCGAGCAGUACAGAUUUCGUGUUGACAUGGCUUGGUUUGAUGCGACUGGGAUAUACAGUGUUGCUUCUCGCCUCGCACCUCCAGCAAUCACGCAUCUAUGCCAAACCCUGCAUAUCACACAGGUUCUAGUUGACGAGCUAUACGAGCAUCGCGCUCGCGGCCUAAGCAAUGAAAUCAGCGUUGCCAUGAUCCCAAGAUACCAUCCAGAGGAAUACGCGACACCCAAGUUUCAACAAGCAGAUAACAUAUCCGACACAGCAUACAUCUGCCACACAUCAGGGACAUCCUCAGGCCUUCCCAAGCCCAUUCCCCAAACUCAAUUCGGCGUCAUGGGCGCACUUUACAGCUUCCCAGGCAAGGACAAACCAGCUACGUUUUCCACCACGCCAUUGUACCAUGGGGGCUUUCCCGACUGUCUAAGGGCUUGGACGAGUGGCGCGGCGAUCUGGUUCUUUCCUGAGGGACAUGCACCUAUUACUGGCACCAACAUUAUGAAAGCGCUUGAGUAUGCGAGGGCUAAGAGCCCAAGCCCUGUCAAGUAUUUCUCUUCGGUGCCGUAUGUACUUCAGAUGCUGUCUGAUGAGUAUGGAGGUCUUGAGAUUCUGCAGUCGAUGGAUCUUGUAGGUGUUGGAGGCGCAGCUCUUCCUCCUGCGAUAGGUGACAGGCUUGUUGAAGCAGAUGUCAAUCUCUUAUCGCGAAUGGGAAGCGCAGAAUGUGGAUUCUUGAUGUCUUCACAUCGAGACUACGCAAGUGAUAAGGAAUGGCAGUUCCUUAGACCCAUCGAUGAUCCGAAAUUACUCGAGUUUGAACCGCGCGACAAUGGUCUUUCAGAGCUUGUUGUCAAGUCAGAUUGGCCGUUCCUUAUUAAGACCAAUCGCGAAGAUGGAUCAUACGCUACGUCCGAUCUUUUCGAGCCUCACUCGACGAUCAAGAAUGCGUGGCGGUAUCAUAGCAGGGCUGACGCGCAGAUCACUCUUGCGAACGGGAAGAAGUUUGAUCCUUCACCUGUCGAGGGUAGUAUACUUGCUUUGUCGAAAUUACUCCAGGAUGUUCUGAUCUUUGGUGGUGGAAGAGACUAUUCCGGAGCUCUGUUGUUCCCCUCUUCAAACGACGUCAGCGAGCAGGAAGUCAUCGAAGCAGUUUGGCCACACAUUGAUAAGAUGAACAACGAGAGUCAAAGCCACGCCCGGAUCACAAAGGCCAUGCUCGUUGUUGUUCCCGUGAAGGAAGGCGAAAAGGCGCUCGAGAAGAGUAGUAAGGGCACUAUUCUGCGAAGACAAGCAGAAGAGCGGUAUGAGAAGGAGAUUGAGGGCGCUUACAACAGAGGGUCUUCAUCUAAAGAGGUUUCUGACGACGAACUUUCGCAAACGGUCCGGUAUUGCUUCCACCAAGUUCUGGGACGAGACGUAGAUCCCAAUCAGGAUUUGUAUCGCCAGGGCGUUGAUUCCAUCGCCUGCAUCCAAAUCCGAAAGCUGCUGGAGCGAGCUUGUUUAUCGCCUCGAAACGAGUCUUUGCCUUUGAACGUUAUUUACGACCAGGGCACCGUCAAAGCACUUGUCGAAUACCUCCACUGUGUGAGGAAGGGACACCACCACCGCGGUAGCAACUCUCAAGAUGCAGACGUUCAAGCGAUGAAAAGUCUCGUCCAGAAGUACAGCGAUUUUAGAGAUGUCAAGAAGGCUUCCCGCAGUGAAGGGAAGAGCGUCCUUUUAACAGGAGCCACUGGCUUUCUCGGCACACAUAUCCUCGAUCUCCUCCGUCAAGACUCCAACGUCGACAAGAUCUAUUGUCUUUUGCGAGCAGACGACGCAGCUAUGGCGCAAAAGCGAGUUUCUGAAGCUUUAAGCAACCGUGGCUUACAAGCUCUCAAUCAACGACAAAGCGAUAACCUAGUCCUAUGCCUACCAUGCAACCUCACUGAAUCCAAUCUGGGUCUCUCUGAUAUAGACCGGCAAGCCAUUUUGGAAAAUGUCGGAACGGUUAUUCACUCUGCUUGGGCGGUGAACUUUAGUCUUCGGCUUCCUUCUUUUGAAGACCAAAUCGUCAGCACACGAAAUCUGGCCGCCCUUUCCGCUGAAUCAGGUGCGCGUUUUGUCUUUGUCAGUUCGAUCGCGGCAGUGAGCGAUUCGAAGGCCAAGCCUAUCCCCGAGGAACUAUCGCAGGAUCCGAGCGAAGCUUCUCCGUUGGGAUACUCGCGGUCGAAGUGGGUAGCUGAACAGGUCUGCGAUGCUCUGAACAAGACAUCUGGUGGAGACCCUCUUGCUUCGGUUGUUCGCGUGGGACAAUUGUGCAGUAAUGAAUCAGGUGUUUGGAAUGCUACAGAAGCGUACCCAUUGCUCCUGUCUACUGCAAAGAUAACAGGAUGUUUGCCAAAUAUUCCGGGUGAGCCAUUGAACUGGCUUCCCGUGGAACAAGCAGCACAAGCCGUCAUCGAAGUCUCGCGUUCAAAAGACGAUGCUUCCUCCACACCAGUCUAUCACGUUCUCAAUCCUCAUACGACACCAACAUGGACAGAAAUGCUAGACUGGCUAUCCUCCAGCAUCGGAACUCCCGAGUUCGAAAGGGUUUCGCCCCGAGAGUGGAUCAAGCGUUUGGAGAAGGCACUUGGUGAGAGGAGCGUCAAUCAUCCUGCGCAAGCUCUUCUAGGGCUAUGGAAGGAGUCUUAUGGGCUUAUGAUGGAGGAAGAUGUUGAGUUGAAGAAGAGUGGUGAUGAGAGCCCGUUUGAUGUAAAGAAGACGAGUGAGGUUUCGAAUACGAUUAAGGAUGUUCAACCUUUGGAUCGAGAGAGGUUGUUGCAGACUUGGAAAACUUUCCGCUCAUCUAGCGUUGCCGAUAUGAUCAAUUCUCAAACUAGUGCUUCUCCUACUCGCGCCGCACAACGCUCCGCUUGUGACGCAUGCCGGUCAAGGAAGUGCAAGUGCAACGGCGAAAAGCCCACUUGUGCGAGAUGUGCUUUUCAUGGCCUUGAGUGUAUUUACUCGGUCAAGCAGCGUAUGGGUCGGCCUUCGAAGAGGAGGUUGACGCCUCCUUUGACUCCGACGCAGAACAGUCCGAGGGAUCAACAAGAAGUGACUACUCCACUCUCUGGCUUCGAUAUCGCAUCCUUUUCGCCAUCUACAAUAGGAGCCGGCCUGGAUUUCAAUAUUGAUCCUCUUAUUGGAUUGUCGCUUGCUGCGAGCAUAGAUCCUGGCUUACAACAACAUCCCUCACCAUCAGAACAGUCCACAGACCUCGUUUUGCCAUCUGUGUCCCAUACAAGCGCCUCAGAUUCGGCCAAUAACACAGACAUUGGUACUUCAGCAUCUCCAUCCUGUUCUUGUCUAGCAACUUUCUAUCUCACAAUGGACGAUCUCUGCAAAAACACAGAUCUUGUCUUCCCAUCCGGUCUCAUGUUCCUACGCGAGAAGCUCAGCACAGUCAGCCAACUUGCUCACUGCCAGAUAUGUCCAACACAAUACCUGUCUUCUAUGCAAAACAUCCAACUCCUCGGCACACUUCUCAUGUCUAUAGCGAAGCAAUAUGGGGUAGUACUAGAGUCCAUCACCAAGGAAAGUGAACUUAUGUCCGAGACAGGGCAGCCGAUGCAUAUCCAAUUUGGAACUUCCAGAGCUGAUGUCUCGUCGGACUUUGCUUUGGAAAUGAGCCCUGUGGAAUGGGCGUCGCUAGCCAGACGAUCUGUCAAACAGGAGAUUUACGGGAGUGACGACAAGGAAGACUCACUAUGGGGUCUCAUUCACCUCUUGGAACGGCAUGCGACUUUUGCAAGCGGCGCAGUCGUAUCUCUCCGCGUUGUCUAUGCUUAUCUCCCUUCUCUUAUAUACCCGCUUGGCCCCCGGCUUUUACCUCCCGUUGUGGUAAAUCCCCAGUCCUCCGCAGUCUCUUCUGUAACGAUGCCUCAUGCAGUAUCCAGUUCAAGGGCUCUUGAGCCUCACUUCCUUCGCAACGCCCUCGAUGUCCUGAUCAUAGGAGCAGGGCCCGCUGGUCUGUCAGCGGCUCUGGCUUUGGGUCGUGCGCGACGGAGUGCGGCUAUCUUUGGUUCUUUCGAACGCUCCGGACCACAGGGCCGUGACAUAGAGAACCUGACGUCGUUACAUACCCAUAUGGUCACCGAGUUGAACACCAAGUACAGAACGGUCUCCUUCAUCAGCACCGCCGCGAAGUCUGUUCGUGAGAGAGGUAUGGUAUUCGAGGUGGAGGACACAGCAGGCCGAUGUUGGAAAGGUCGAAAAGUGAUAAUAGCCACGGGAUGCCAUGAGAUUCUGCCCAAAAUACCGGGUUAUCAGGAGCGGAGGGGCACCGGCAUUCUGGACUUCUCGCAGUGUCCUGAGUUUGAGGAUACCAGCUUGAAGUGCGCUGCCGCUUUGAUCACCUCGAGCGACUCGGAGUCCAUGAAUUCGGCCAUUCUCUCUGCUCAUCUGGCCCGUCAACACACGCCAGACAUCACACUUCUUACCAACGGCAUGUUUCAUCUCGAACAACAUCCUCAAAUCAUUUCUGCCGUCAAGCGGGGUUUCAAGAUCGACAGCUGGCCUAUCCAAUCUUUCACAAAAUCAGACGCCGAGUCAUCCGUAACCGUCGAGUUCGAAGACGGAUCAAAGACUUCGUACGGUUUCAUAGCGCACAAGCCUCGAUCGUUCAUCAUAGGGCCUUUUGUGGAUCAACUUGAUCUUGAGAUGACGUCGGGAGGUCGGAUACUGGUUGAAGGCGAUUAUCACGAGACGAGUGUGCGUGGUGUUUUUGCUGCUGGCAGCUGCGCUUCUGUUGUUGAUAGUGAAGCAGUGGCAUUGAGUACUGGGAUAAUGGCGGGUGUUGGAGCUAACUUUCAGAUUGCGGAAGAUGAUGUCGGCUUCUGA